UAAAUUUUAAGAAAUAUGUACAAACAUGUAAUCAAAUGUGGUUCCCGAACGGCUUUAAAUGCAUGGAAAUCAAAGACUGAUUUAAAUAAAUUGUGCUUAGAUUUAGUGAAUACAGAAUUUGAACAACAUUUAUGCAAAGUUGAUAAAUGCAUCAUCUGUCCCGUUAACCUAAAAUAUCCAAAACAAAAAUUACUACAAUUAAAACAACAAGAACUGCUGCAAAUACAACAGCGUGUAUAUUUCCAAUCGCCACAUAAGAAAUCUCCACCAUCCCCAACAAUUCAAGUUGUAUCAACUUGCCAGCUGUCAACUCGAAUAAUUCACAUUCGGCAUUUGCAAAGUUAUCAUCAACGUUGUCGGUACGCGGCUGUUGAUUUUAAAACAAUUCGUAGUCUCUCCACUUCUACUACUACUACUACCACCAUCACCACCAACACUACCGCUUGUGCUAUUAUAGUUGCUAACAAACAAAAACCUCAUUCACUUGUGUGUCGUGUAUUAACCCCAUCGUCAUUAAAAUUGCAAACAUUUCCUUCAUUUUUAAAAAAUAAAAAUACUAUAUCAUUAGAAAAUUGCCAUCUAAAUACGCUUAUCGGUGGUAAAUCAUACGUAAAAGUACAAAAACAAUUUUAUCGCGAUUAUUCAUCAAUAUCAUUGGGUGCAUCGCUAAAAAACAGUGAAGCUCCACUCUUAGGCGAUCUUUGUGAAAAAUAUCGUGCCAUUAUAAGUCGUACAUCCGCCGAUUUAGCAACACACUCUGAAACACAAUCCAAGGAUACUUCAGCAGCAACUAUGGCCGCUACACAGCAAAAGGAAUUUCAACGUUUACCCACCAAUGUGGUGCCAACGCACUACGAAUUGGAAUUGAAGCCCAACCUGGAGGCUUUCACUUUUGAGGGCAAAACCAGUGUACAAUUGCAAAUUGCUUCGCCCACCAAUGCCAUUACUUUAAAUGCUUUAGAUAUCGUUAUUAAAAGUAGUGAAAUCGAGGUGAAUGGCGAAAUAUUGAAGCCCCUUAAAGUUAGCUAUUCAACCGAAAAUGAGACGGCGACAUUAAUGUUUGAAAAGGAACUGCCAGUGGGUGUUGUUGGAAAGCUAAAUAUGACCUUUACGGGAGAACUGAAUGAUAAAAUGAAAGGAUUUUAUCGCAGUAAAUAUUUCACACAAGGCGGUGAGGAACGUUAUGCUGGCGUAACACAAUUUGAGGCCACCGAUGCCCGCCGUUGUUUCCCCUGCUGGGAUGAGCCUGCUUUAAAGUCAACAUUUGAUGUGGCCUUAGUAGUGCCAGAGGAUCGUGUAGCCUUGUCUAAUAUGCCGGUGAAAAGUGAAGAUUCAUUGGAGGGAGGUUUACGCCGCAUUAACUUUGAUCGUACGCCAAUUAUGUCCACCUAUUUGGUGGCCGUAGUUGUGGGUGAAUACGAUUAUGUGGAGGGCAAAUCUGAAGAUGGUGUUUUGGUUCGUGUCUACACGCCAGUUGGCAAAAAGGAACAAGGUCUAUUUGCUUUAGAAGUGGCCACAAAAGUUUUGCCAUACUACAAGAGUUAUUUCAACAUUGCCUAUCCUUUACCAAAAAUGGAUUUGAUAGCAAUUUCGGACUUCUCAGCCGGUGCUAUGGAAAACUGGGGUUUGGUAACAUAUCGUGAAACAUUUGUGCUGGUUGAUCCCAAAAAUACUUCAUUGAUGCGUAAACAAUCGAUUGCUCUAACAGUGGGCCAUGAAAUUGCUCAUCAAUGGUUUGGCAAUUUGGUUACUAUGGAAUGGUGGACACACUUGUGGCUUAAUGAGGGUUAUGCUUCCUUUGUUGAAUUUUUAUGUGUACAUCAUCUAUUUCCAGAAUACGAUAUUUGGACACAGUUUGUUACCGAUAUGUAUACACGGGCUUUAGAAUUAGAUUCAUUGAAGAACUCUCAUCCCAUUGAAGUGCCUGUUGGUCAUCCUUGCGAAAUUGAUGAAAUUUUCGAUGAAAUUAGUUACAAUAAGGGUGCUUCGGUAAUACGCAUGUUGCAUGAUUAUAUCGGAGAAGAUGACUUCCGCAAGGGCAUGAACAUCUACUUGACACGCCAUCAGUAUAAGAACACAUUUACCGAAGAUCUUUGGGCUGCUUUGGGAGAGGCCAGCUCCAAGCCAGUGGCUAAUGUUAUGAGUUCUUGGAUAAAACUUAAAGGUUUUCCAGUUGUAAGUGUAGAUUGUGAGCAGUUGGAUGGUAACAAACGUUUAUUGCGUUUGACUCAAAACAAAUUUACUGCCGAUGGUUCGAUGCCAGAUGGUGAUUACACAUGGGUUAUACCAAUUACCAUUUCUACCUCGAAGAAUCCCAACAGUAUUGCCAAGACUGUCUUAUUAGAUCAGAAAUCAAUGGAAGUUGUAUUAGAUGAUGUAAACGCCGAUGAUUGGAUUAAAGUUAAUCCCGGCACUGUGGGUUAUUAUCGUACCCGCUACUCCAAGGAAAUGCUGGAGAAGUUAAUGCCUGCUGUGCGUAACAUGGAAUUGCCACCAUUAGAUCGUUUGGGUCUCAUUGACGACAUGUUUGCUAUGGUACAAGCUGGUCAAGCCAGCACUGCUGAAGUUCUAGAACUCAUCGAUUCGUAUCGCAAUGAAACUAAUUAUACAGUUUGGACUGCCAUCACAAAUUCUUUGUCAAAUCUACACAUUUUGAUUUCACACACUGAUCUUAUGGACCACUUUAAUAAGUAUGGUGAAAAACUUUAUCGUCCCGUAGCCGAACGUUUGGGAUGGGAAGUGCGAGAGGGUGAAAAUCAUUUGGACACUUUGUUGCGUAGUCUGGUGCUGUCACGUUUGGUGUCUUUCCGCUGUAAGGAUGUUAUCAUUGAAGCCCAAAAACGUUUCCGUGAUCAUGCCAAUAAUGUUUGUCCCGUACCCGCUGACUUACGUUCUACUUGCUAUAAGGCUGUUUUACAAGAUGGUGAUCAGGCCAUUUUUGAGGAAAUGCUUUCAUUAUAUCGUUCCACCGAUUUACACGAAGAACAAGAUCGUAUUUCACGUGCUUUAGGUUGUAUUGGUAAUGUGGACAUCUUGCGCAAAGUUAUAGAAUUUGCAAUGUCGGGUGAAGUGCGUGCCCAAGAUUCUGUAUUUGUUAUAGUGGCAGUUGCUGUUAAUCCCAAAGGCCGUGAUAUGGCUUGGCAAUUCUUCAAGGAUAAUAAUCAAAAACUAUUAGAACAGUAUCAGGGUGGUUUUCUAUUGGCACGUUUAAUUAAAUAUUUAAUUGAGAAUUUUGCUUCCGAAGAACGAGCCCUUGAAGUUGAAGAAUUUUUCAAAAACAAACAAUUCCCAGGCACUGAACGUACCGUAUCACAAGCUGUAGAGACAAUACGUCUAAAUGCUGCCUGGCUAAAGAGAGAUCGCGAUUCAUUGACAGAAUAUUUAAAGAAAGAAUAAAUGAAAGACGCGCUGGAUUGGAAUUUUGCAAAUGAUAGAAUUAAAGGAAUGAAACCAUAAGCUACAACAUUAAAACCAAAGCCAUUUAUACAAACCAUUUAUUAACAAAACAACCCACUUAUUACUAUACAUGUAUUUUUUUAAACAAAAUUUAACUUAACUUAUUGUUUAUGCUUUUCAUAAUGAUGGAAAACUUGCAAACAUACAAUUUUAUUUUAUUUGUUAUUUGUAAUAACAUUAUUUUGGCCAUAAUCUAAAGAAUUUUGUUUUCAUAUUACAAUUAACAAAUGUUGUGUUACAAUUUAAACGAAUGUAUUAUGUUUUAAAAAUUAUUAAUGAAAUUUAAUUAUUAUUUAUUUGCAUUUGCUAGAGUUAUAUAAAUUAUAUUAGAAAAAAGACCAAUAAAA